CUGUUUGAAUUCGGCCGUUAUAGCGCCGCCGCUGGCAGGAUGGACGUCCCGACUACCCGACCGAGCUCGGCAAUCACCGGCAGCAGCUCCGACACCGAGAGACAUCAGUACAACAGAGACGACGCUGCAGCUGUGAGAGUACAGAAUCCAAUAAAAACAUGGAACUCUACACGGUGACAGUGGCCACAGGAAGUGACAUCUUUGCAGGAACCAUCGACACCAUCGCCAUCAGCCUUGUGGGGAUGAAUGGAGAAAGCACUAAACAGGACCUCUCCCACCUAUUGUUACCUGGAACGGUGUCUGACUAUGAGGUGGAGACUGAACAGGAUCUUGGGAAGCUGCUGUCUGUGAACCUCUACAAAGAGACUUAUCUGUUCCCAGUCCAAGACGCCUGGUACGUCAAGUACAUCAAUGUCACCUCCCCCGAUGGGAAGCUCUACCAGUUCCCUGUGUACGAGUGGAUCGACGGCCAAACCAGUGUGGUGUUCCCUGAGGGGACAGGGACUAUAUUAUCCAUUGGCUCCAAUAACGCCAUCAUGGGUCAAAGGACAGAAGAGCUGAAGAAGGUUAGAGAAAUAUAUAAGUGGAAGAUGAUGUUUGAAGGGUCUCCAUACUGCAUCGAUGCUGACACCCCUGAUGAUCUUCCCAUAAAUGAAAAGUACUCCAACCUCAAGCUCGGCAGCUUAGGCUUCACCUUUAUCCUGUCAAACAUUGAAGUGGGACUGAAAGGUCUCACAUCAUCCACCGAUUCCUGGAGAAAUCUCGAUGACAUCAGGACGGUAUUUUACUUCAACAGAACGGACGUUUCUGAUGAGGUCUCUAAGAUCUGGAAUGAGGACUCCUUCUUUGGUUACCAGUAUCUGAAUGGAGUUAACCCGAUGCAGAUUAGGAAAUGCGAAAAACUGCCGGAGAACUUCCCUGUCAGUAACAGCAUGGUGGCCGCAUCUCUGGGGACCUCCACGGACCUCACUGAGGAGCUGAAGAACGGGAACAUCUUCCUGGCUGAUUACAAGAUUCUCCAGGGAAUUCCUGCAAACCCCUUGAUUAAUGGGAAGAAGCAAUAUAUCGCUGCCCCCCUGUGUCUGCUGUGGAAGGACCCCAAGGACCAGCUGCUCCCCAUUGCUAUCCAGUUGGGUCAGACUCCCGGAGAACAGACGCCGAUUUUCCUGCCCAGUGACUCUGAGUGGGACUGGACCUUGGCCAAGAUGUGGGUGCGCAAUGCGGAGUUCCAGGUCCACCAGUCAGUCCAUCAUCUGCUCAACACCCAUCUAAUUGCUGAAGUGUUUAGCAUGGCGACUCACCGGCAGCUGCCUCAUAACCACCCACUGUACAAGGUCAUUGUCCCUCAUCUGCGCUACACUAUGUACAUCAACACUAUCGCCAGAAAUGAACUCUUUGGCCCUGGUGGCAUUUUUGAUCAAAUUAUGGUUGUUGGUAAUGGGGGGACUGAAGUUCUAUUUAAGAAAGCGAUGGAGGAGGUGACCUAUACUGACCUGUGUCUGCCUGAUGACAUUGAGGCUCGAGGGUUGGGUUCUGUCCCCAAUUUCUUCUACAGAGAUGACGGGAAGAUGAUCUGGGAGGCGAUAGAGAGCUUUGUGUCCAGCAUAGUGCGGUAUUAUUAUAGGAGUGACGAGUCGGUGCGGACAGAUCCAGAGCUGCAGGCCUGGGUGGCGGAGAUCUACGAAAAGGGAUUCCUCAGCAAUAAAUCCUCAGGAAUCCCAUCAUCCCUGGACACUGUGCCCUCCCUGGUGAAGUACCUGACCAUGGUGAUCUUCAGGUGUUCGGCACAGCACGCAGCGGUCAAUAGUGGUCAGUUUGACUUCUAUGGCUGGAUGCCCAAUGGUCCCACAUCUAUGAAGAGUCCCCCACCCACAGCCAAAGGGGUCACCACAUUACAGAGCAUCCUGAAUACCCUGCCUGAUGUCAAUACCACCACCACCGGGAUAGUUAUUGUAUGGCAGGUCAGCAAUGAGCCCCUGGACCAGAGACAUCUGGGGGAGUACCCCAAUGUGCUUUUCACUGAAGAAAACCCACAAAAAUACAUCAAGGAUUUUCAGGAGAAACUGGUUGAGAUAUCCAGGAUAAUAACUGAGCGGAACCAAACCUUACCCUUCCCCUACCCCUAUCUGAACCCCAAGGUAAUUGAGAACAGCGUCUCCAUCUGAUGUACCUGCUCCGGACCCUUCCCGAGACUCCUCGCUUCUUUAAACUCCACCCACAGGACUCACUUUGUGGCUUCUGCUGUCGUGAAGUCCGGGAUAUAAUUGUGCAAAAUAAAAUAUUACACUGGCGCCAAUGU